GUCAAAUGUAUAGGCAAUUUAGGGAUCAGAUCAGACGAGUCGCCUUCCUCCCUCAAUUUUUUCGAUCGACUAUUCGAUCGGCUAUUCGCCGAUCCUCUCUCCAAUUUUUUCAAUCGGCUAUGUGGGGGAUCGGACGAGUCUCCUUCUAACCUUCCGCGCUUGGAAUCCUUCCAUGUCUUGCGUUACAGAUUGCGUGGAGCUGAGACUUCAUCAACGAUCGGUAUGCUAUCUGAUUAAUGGAUCAACAAUCAUAUGACAUAACUGAUAAUUAUUGUUUGAUGAGAUACAAAUUGCUAUUCUAAUACAUCAAUUUCCUAAUACAUCAAAUUCCCAUUGUUAAUGUCCAGAUAAACUGACGGUAGCAAUUAACUCAUCAACUUUAGCAUAUGUCCACAAAUUGCCACAAUCAUUAUCCAGUAGUCUUCUUCUACAUCAGUUAAAGAACCACAAGUGGUCUCAAAGUCAAUUGCUGGUUUCACUCCAUAUGGUGGCUGUUCACAGGAGGUAUUCAAGCAAAAUAUAUGAUGAUGAUCCAUGAUGGAGCAAAACAAAAGUAACUUAAGAAAUUCAGAGACACGUGUCAAGUGACAUGGCACAUGAUUUGGAUUACUAUGCCAUGAGGGAUAAGAGCGUUGGAUGGCGUUGAACAAAUGCUCAACCUCCUCAGCUUCUCUCUGCACUAGGCACCUGAAACCUCUUCACCUCUUUGACCUCAACGCAGAUUAUUUUCGUCUUUCAAUCAAUUUUACCUAUGGGGUGCACGACAUUGCCGGAGUCAAGACGUGCCUCUAAUUUCCUUGCAUUCGUGGCCUCUCUCACAAACGAAGAAACAAGUUGUGGUGAUUCAGGCGGCGAUUGUGGUGGUUUGGUUUUGCUCAAUUUUUCCUAUGGCGUUGCCUAGAGGCGAUUGACGUGGUUGGCCCAGACCACCAGCUGCAACGACUACAACUACAGGGAGAGAUGCAGGCUUUGGUUCAAUCGCCUUUUCCUUCCUUCAUCAAUCUCUGGUAGAAUUGGUUUACAAUACUUCCUCUCCAGUUCUGCUCCCGUUCCUCAUUGCCUAGAGAAAAUAAUAAAGGGGUUUGAACUCAUGUCCAACAAGUUCAAUCACACCGCUCUCUCCCAAGAGGACACGAAGACGCUCCAUGCGAUGAUUCACAACGCCAACAUCAAUUGGUGUAAAUUUGUGCUAACCCACAUAUUCAACGCUACCUCCGACAACCAGCUGCUCCCCUAUGCUCUUUUUGUCCGGACGAUCCUUGAUGAGUUCCACAUCAAGACGGACGUCAGGCCAAAGUGCAAAGGGACGAAGCAUUGGGAGAUUGAUGAGUCUUCCUUCCACCCGGGAACUGAUGAAUCUACGUUCCCGCAGCCUCGUCCACGCCGCCAACCAAGGGCAACCGCUUCAACCAACCCCUCUCUAGCCGAGAAAAUGGCAGCCUUGACCGCCACCCAUUCUCGGAUAGACACCAACGUCUCCAAAACGGCCCAAAAUGUCAAUAUUUUGAGCUCUCUCAAUCGGAAUUCUCUCUCUAGGAGCGAGACGCUAGUGGUUCUCGCGAGAAGAAUAGUGCCACACAUCUACCCAUUGCAAUUCCCCUUGAUUUUGUUGGUCGUUUUUUGAUAUUUUUACGUUCUUUGGAAUCGUAUUCCAAUGGAGAACACUACUUUGUGCUAAAUUUCAAUAGAUUGGAAGCAUUAAUUGGUGAAAUCAAAGGUCAACCAUAGUGCAGGGACUGUUCACUACAUGACUUGCUAGUUUGAUUUCUUCGUUACUCCAGCCAAUUUGAAGCCUAUUUUUGAGGUAGUUUGAGCGACAUGCUCUAAGAUUUAGGCAUUUCUAUUCUAGUGUUAUUAUGCCCUCUUAGUGUGUGAGAAAAUGUCUACUAUGAGUGAUUUAUAAGUUAUUGAGUCUUUCUUCCUCUUUUGGUUGAAACGAGGGUUUUAUUAGACUGUUUUGUUUCUUUUAAAUCUGUUAUGGUUGUUUAAAUGAUCUGUCUUUUUGUGUGUGGUAGGAAUGGUCUCUGUUUGUUUCCUUUGUUCAGGUUUUUGUUAGUGAUAUCAUUGUAGCAUUAUUUUUAGCCUUUAAAUUCUGUCUGAUAGUUUUCUGUAUAGUUUUGACUUUUCUUUUAUGUUUUGUGUUAGUUCUGAACUUUUGAAUGAAAUCUGAGGGUUAAA